AUGUCCUCACAUAGCGAGGCGGCAGAGGCUGAAAACACCAUGAGCGUCACUCGUGCUUCAGUCUUCUUUCAGGAUGGUCUCAAAGCAGUGGACAACCUCAAACCCUCAAUAGAAAAACUCGCCACAGACUUGCACUCGAUCAAACAGGUACAAGAUGAAGAACGCAGGCAGCUAACCCAGUUACGGGACGUGCUAAAGACCGCUCUGCAAGUGGAGCAGAAGGAGUCUAGGAGAGACUCACAGGUUAGACAGAGCGCCACCUACAGUCUACACCAGCCCCAGGGCAACAAAGAACAUGGGACGGAGCGCAGCGGGAACCUUUACAAGAAGAGUGAUGGGUUGCGGAAAGUGUGGCAGAAGAGAAAGUGCACAGUAAAGAACGGUUAUUUGACCAUCUCGCACGGGACGGCUAACAGACCUCCUGCCAAACUCAAUCUUCUCACCUGUCAGGUGAAGCACAACCCAGAGGAGAAGAAAAGUUUCGACCUCAUCUCCCAUGACAGAACAUAUCAUUUCCAGGCAGAAGAUGAGCCAGAGUGUCAGAUAUGGAUCUCAGUGCUGCAGAACAGCAAGGAGGAGGCGCUCAACAACGCCUUUAAGGGUGACCAGCAUGUUGGCGAGAACAACAUUGUACAGGAGCUGACCAAGGCCAUCCUGGGAGAGGUCAAGCGGAUGGCGGGUAACGACGUCUGCUGUGACUGCGGAGCUCCCGGUCCCACAUGGCUCUCCACCAACCUGGGCAUCCUGACAUGUAUCGAAUGUUCAGGGAUCCACCGGGAGUUGGGUGUGCACUACUCCAGAAUCCAGUCACUAACACUGGAUGUUCUCAGCACCUCAGAGCUCUUGCUGGCCAAGAACGUGGGGAAUGCUGGAUUUAAUGAAAUCAUGGAAGCUUGUUUGACAGCAGAAGAUGUGAUCAAACCAAAUCCGGCCAGUGACAUGCAGGCGAGGAAAGACUUCAUCAUGGCCAAGUACACAGAGAAGCGCUUUGCUCGUAAGAAGUGUCCUGACGCGCUGUCGAAGCUGCACACGCUCUGUGAUGCUGUGAAGGCACGGGAUAUUUUCUCUCUCAUCCAGGUCUAUGCUGAGGGGGUGGACCUAAUGGAGCCGAUUCCUCUGGCCAAUGGCCAUGAACAAGGUGAGACGGCCCUUCAUCUGGCCGUGAGACUGGUGGACAGAACCUCCCUUCACAUCAUAGACUUCCUCACCCAGAACAGUUUAAACUUGGAUAAGCAAACGGCUAAAGGAAGUACAGCGUUGCAUUACUGCUGCCUGACGGACAACAGCGAGUGUCUCAAACUUCUGCUGAGAGGAAAAGCCUCUAUAGACAUCGCUAAUGAGGCUGGUGAGACCCCACUUGACAUCGCCAGGCGACUCAAACACCUGCAGUGUGAGGAACUGCUGAACCAGGCACUCGCAGGGAAGUUCAAUGCUCAUGUGCACGUGGAGUACGAGUGGAGACUUCAGCAUGAAGACCUGGAUGAGAGUGAUGAAGAUCUGGAUGAGAAGUCCAGUCCUCACCGGCGGGACGAGAGGCCCAUCAGCUGCUACACGCCGGGCAGUAAUUCCCUUCAGCCCAGUCCGGCCAGCCUGGCACGAGAUGCACGAGACAUGGUCAAAGACAAGCAGCGAUUCGUGCCCAACCUGGUCAACAACGAGACCUAUGGAACCAUUAUCAACACCAACUCACCAGUCACCCUGUCCACCUCUGCUCCACCUCUACCACCCCGAAAUUUAGUACAACCGUCUGGUCUUUCUGGAAUGGCUCAGGGAUCGCCCGGUUGGAAACCUGGCUCCCUAGAUCUGACCGGCAGGCAGAGAUCUUCCUCUGACCCUCCCAACAUGCAUCCCCCAGCGCCCCCCUUACGGGUCACAUCCACCUCCCUUCUUGUACCCAGCGGUGCUCCCCCUCCUGUGGCUAAAGCUGCCAGUAUGAUGGAGGCCAAGAAUAUACAACCCAAACCCGGACAGGGGCCUCCUGGUCAGAACAUCAACCGGGCUACAAGCGCGGACAAAAACUUCAGUAAAAGCACACUGAUGCGCUCCGGAUCCAUCGAGAGACCAGCUAAAGAAGUUCCUGGAGGCCCCCAAAACACCACUGGUCAAACUCUGCCUGCUACCCACAUGCCCAGGAAAACGUACCUGAAGCCGAAGCGUGUGAAGGCCAUGUAUAACUGUGUGGCUGAUAAUCCAGAUGAGCUGACGUUCUCUGAGGGAGAGGUCAUUGUGGUGGACGGUGAGGAGGACCAGGAGUGGUGGCUGGGCCACAUUGAGGGAGAGCCAAUGAGAAGAGGGGCAUUUCCUGUCACAUUCGUGCAAUUCAUUAUGGACUGAAGGGCUGGAGAUCACAGACACCUGAGUUGGACUGAUGACGGCACUUCUCUGCCUCUGUGUGGCCUCACUAACCAUCAUCAUCAUCAUCAUCAUCAUCAUCGCUGUUCCCUUUGUCGUGAAGCUUGUCUUCACUGAGCUUCCACUAAUCCCUGCUCUCACCUGGCUUGAGCAGAGUCACUGGAAUAUAAAAGCUUCCUGGGCUUUGGAUUUUUCUUUUGUUUUUACGUUUGUGGCCUAGAUAUGUUGCAGAACGAUGGUUUGUUGCAAUAAAUGCACUUUUGAUUUAAUUUAUCAUGACCACAAUGCUAAUGAGAUGAAUGUCACCAAGAUGAAGGUUUUAGUCCAAGAUCAUUCACAUCCUUAUUCCUUUUAGACACAAUAGAUAGCGUAAGGUUGAUUUUGAAGUACAGUACCCAUUAUCUGUGAAUACAGUCUUAUUUGCCCACAUUCCAUGUCUGGCAAGGAAAGGCAGAAGGAUAAUCUGAGAAUCACUGACUUUCGAGGACUUGGUUGGAAAAGACAGCUUCGUCAAUGGUGCUAAGCCAGGAAUAUGCUACGAGAACUGUCUGCCUUCGGAGGGGGAGCUCCGAUGUUCCCAUUUUCACACUACCUGCUCCAGUGCUGAGUGUAUAAAUAGGCGUUCCACCACUCGCAUCUGGGAAAUAUCUGAAGUGCACUGUGGAUGAAAGAGAUGGAGAAACAGACAGACAUAAGAGCACGUUUGUGCUGGCUAAGGGACAGGGAACAUGGAGACUGAAUGAAAGCAAUCUUGACCCUGUACCUGCUGGGAGUUUUGAGCGCCGUGACAGUCUUCGUGAACAUUCAGUGGCAUCCAGGGAGAGGAAAGGAGCCAGUGAAGAGCAUCAAGGAGGUUUAUUUCUGUAUAGAUAUUUAUAAUUCUGAGCUGUCCUUCUGUGUUCUUGAUUUAGAUGCUCUUAUUGAUUUUAAUGAUCCUACCUUGAGAGGCCUGUGCAACGGUGUCAUUUCUCAACUGGCUCAUUUUUUCUUAAAGCAAUAGACCAAAAAUGAACAUUUGGUCAUUUACUUACCUUCAUGUUCUUUCAAAUUGUGCAAAAGAGCAUGUACUGCAGAAUGUCCAGAGUGCUUUUUCAUAAUGGGGACUGUUAAUGUUAGGCACUAUAAAAGUGGUCCCUAAGAUUAAUUUGCUAUAUUCCAAGUCUUCUGAAGUCCUACUGUAACGUUGUGUGAGAAACAGACCAAUAUUUAAAGGGAAAUUAUUUACUCAUCCUUAUGUCAUUCCAAACCUGUGUAACUAACUUCUGUG